CCACUAUGGAAGGAGAGGUCAGGAUUACAGCCGAGGAGACGGGCACAAAGAGUGUUAAGUGACACCCACUCAAUCCACCUGAAGCUGUUACAAUUAAUUAACCCUCACACUGCCCGGUGAGAUAGUCACUGAUAAGACUUGCUCCAGGUCUGGGAAAGAGCAAAGAUGAGACAUUCAGGCCUCUCCUUUGAGUCCCGGGUCCUUCACUGUUGCCUCCUACUGCUUCUCCCACUGGCUCCGGGCUGAUUUUCACUGGCAGUGGGAGCCAGCUCCUCCCCGUUUCCUAGUUUACAGGCUGGUGACCUACAUCUUUGUCUACGAGAACCCCGUCUCCCUGCUCUGCGGCGCUAUCAUCAUCUGGCGCUUUGCUGGCAAUUUUGAGAGAACCGUGGGCACCGUCCGCCACUGCUUCUUCACCGUGAUCUUCGCCCUCUGCUCUGCCAUCAUCUUCCUGUCCUUUGAAGCUGUGUCGAAGCUGUCGAAGCUGGGGGAGGUGGAGGACGCCAGAGGCUUCACCCCGGUGGCUUUUGCCAUGCUGGGCGUCAACUCCGUCCGCGCUCGGAUGAGGCGGGCCCUGGUGUUUGGCAUGGUGGUGCCCUCGAUGCUGGUGCCGUGGCUCCUGCUCUGUGCCUCCUGGCUCAUUCCCCAGACCUCUUUCCUCAGCAACGUCUGUGGACUUGGAAUCGGGCUGGCGUACGGCCUCACGUACUGCUACUCCCUCGACCUGCCGGAGCAUGUGGCCCUGAAGCUCGACCAGAAGUUCCCCUUCAGCCUGAUGAGGAGGAUUUCGCUGUUCAAGUACAUCUCAGGCUCUUCGGCCGAGAGAAGGGCAGCCCACAGCCGGAGGCUGAACCCUGUGCCCGGCUCCUACCCCACACAGAGCGGCCACCCUCACCUGCCCCCGAACCACCCUGUCGCCCAGAUGCAGCAUGCCAGUGGCCAGAAACUCGCGUCCUGGCCAGCCUGCGCUCCUGGGCACAUGCCCAGCCUGCCUCCAUACCAGCCUGCCUCCGGCCUGUGCUACGUGCAAAACCAUUUUGGCACAACCCCUAACUCCUCCGGUGUCUACCCGGCUUCCGCGGGUGCCUCCCUGGGGGUGCAGCCCCCCGCCCCCCUCAACUGCCCCGGCACGGUGUAUUCCGGGGCCCUGGCCACUCCAGCGGCCGCCGGCUCCAAGGAGUGCUCUAGGGUCCUGAUCCCCUGAGACAGAGUUUCUAGGGAAGUGGUCUCCCGUCUCAGCCUUCUGAGGAAGGUCCUCUGUGAGCUCCGAUUUUCUUGACAGAAAGUUCUUUACCAAACACCUCGAUGUGCAGGCUCUGCGUUGAGUAUUUUGAUCCGUGUCCCUAUUUCAGUCUCAUUCGUCCUCAUGACAGCUCUGUGAAAUACAGCUUGUCGUCCCCAGUUCACAGAUGCAGACAGCAACGCGCCCUGUGACGACACGAGGUCGCAUGGCUCAGUGGUGGCGCUGCCCCCGCAGCUCCCGCACAGGAGGGCCUUGGCUGUGGGCGGCAGGUGCGGCCGACCGUUUCCCUCCUGUCCUUGUAAUAGUGCGCUUGGGUGUUCGUGUCCGCGUGUCCGUGUGCCCUGCAGGAGUCCCCGGGCCUGUGCCGUGUUCCUCCCCAGCAGCGACCCCCACCCCCACCCCGACCCAGACUUCUGCCCCGGGAAGUGGCGAGACGGGCCUGCGCCCAGCAGUGUGCUGGCGGGUCCACGGUGUUGAUAACCUUUGUAUAAACACGCAGCCUCCA